CCAACCAGCUAAUUAAGAGGAGGCAUUGUUGAUAGCAGAGAAACGGGGGCAAUGGGAGGGCGCAGCGUCCAAACGCGGACUUUGUCGCUGCGGCUAGUGUCGAGGAUGAUGAUGACGGCGACGUCCCUCUUAUUCCUUGGGGCUGCUGAAGCGGCUGUGGACUGCGCCACCGUGACGGCGCUUGUGUCGACGUGCUCCGCCUUCAUAGCCUACGGGACGCCGGACCCGUACCCGGGGACGCCGUGCUGCGACGCCAUGACCACCCUCAACAUGGUGGCGGAGCCCCUGGAGGACCGGCGCGCGGUGUGCACGUGCCUCAUGGGCCUCAUCGACGCCUACAGCCCGAACGCCACUGCGAUCGCCACCCUCGCCGGGUUCUGCGGGGUCUCUCUCGGGUUCAGCAUCAGCCCGAACACCGACUGCAACUAGUUAUAGAGCUGAGAGCGAUCGAGAAGUGAACUCGCAGCCUGAAGUUAAAUGGAGUGCCGAAUAAAGAAGGUGUAUCUACCUUCAAGUUCAAGUUAGCAAGAGGACUGAGAAUAUGUACUCGAUCGUUAUUCCCUAUAACAACGAAAUACAUAAGAGUUCCUUUGUGAUCGAAA